CUUUCCUUCAGGUUUUACUGUUGCCAACUGGAGAGUACAUGGACGGGAGUGGGAAGUUCCUCCCUAUUGUGAGACACUUCAUGCAGUGUGAGGAAGGCAGGGCGAAAAUCUACAGCAGAGUGAAGACGGAGUUGAAAAGAGUGGCACAUAAUGCGGCAGCAGCUACAGCUAGUAGUGGCAACAAUGGUGGCCAGGGGAGGGGACUUCAAGGCCAUACCUUACCUCAUCAUAGCCAUACAUCACAAGAGACACCAUCAAACCAACUUCAGAAUGGCGCAACAACCUCAUCAGAAAUUCAAUCAUUCCCUGGUGCAAACAAACAAAUAAACAACAACAACAUGAUGCAACACAACCUCAACAGCUUAAACGACUUGUUUCCCAACAGCAGAAACACUCAAAAUGUAUUCGGAGCUCUGAAUUCACUUCAUCUCUUAGGCUCCAUGCAACGCGAUUCUAUAGACACGAACCCAACUCAAAAUUUAACCCCGACUCCCGCGAGUGUUUUAAGCGUUACCUCUCUUGCAAACGCUACAACAGCAGGAGUAGCUUCUAAUCAGCCUCAAAUAUCACCUAACAGUAGUAGUUUAAGUGGCAAAGCGAGUUCCUAUUUUUCAACAUCAAGCGAAGUUGCAAAAGCAAUGCAGCAACAAUCGAGCGCUAUAGAUUCAACAUCAUCUGGACAGAACAUGAAACGUAUGCGAAGACGAACAACAAUUAGCAGGUCUGCAAAACAAGUAAUGUUCGAAUGGUAUCUCUCAAACGGAAGGUAUCUAACAGCCGAUGGUCGGAGCCUCUUAUCUAGUCAUCUCGGACUCACAGAAGAGAAUGUCCGAGUAUUCUUCAAAAAUCUGCGAAGACUUGAGAAAAAGUGCGAAGAUACAGGAGUAUCCCUGUACGAUGCUCUAAAUCGAUCGGAUAGUGAGCAUUCUUCGUUUUCGGAUGAUUUGAAUCUGCUUACACAACAGUCUUUUACAGAAGAGGACGAGGACUCGAGUCCAACUAUGAUAAAACUAGAGACAAUCGAAUGAAUAAUUUUCUGUUUGGUUGUUAUUGUCAUACACUCUGGAUACUUUGUUUCUUUUAAACCCAUUUCGAUUUGCUAUAAAAAAUUUUUCACUAUGGUGUAUUCAAAU